AUGAUUACUAACAUUAGAGAACAUAAAAUUAUUAAUGGUUUUACUAGACCAAAACACCCUUACUAAGUGUUUACUAUCAUAUUUUUUGCACAAUUAUUCUGUUGUGUAUCAAUUGCAAUACUUCCUAUAACUAAUUUACUUUUCUAGGUAAGGAACAUCGUUAAACAGAUUAUUUUAGCAUCUUUAUUCUAUUUUUUAGCUUUAAUGAUCUUUAUAUAUGGUUUUAAAACUUCCUAUAUAGAUCCAACUGAUGAUAUAAUAAUAUAAUACAGAAAAGGUCUCAAUAAGUAUCUUUAAUUAAUUUAAAUUUAGUGGAUAAGAUCAAGAACUCUAUGAUUAUUUUUGUUAACAUUGUGAUUGCUAUGUAAGUGUUACAACUAAACAUUGUAAAGUUUGUGAAAGGUAAAAAUUUAUAUAAUACAGAUGUGUUUAAGAUUUUGAUCAUCAUUGUAAAUGGCUAAACAAUUGUGUAGGCAAAAAGAAUUAUGAAGAAUUCUUUAGAUUAUUAGUUUUUGUUUCUCUUUUCGGUGUUACCUUUAUUAUUUUUGCUGUUUUUUCUUAUUUUUUUGAAACUCCUCAAAUAAUGAUAUGGAUUUGGAUUAAUGUUACCUUAGUAAGUCUCUUUUUCCUACUUAACUUCAAUUUAAUGAUUUUUCAUUUUUGGUUAAAAUUUAAAGGAAUUACAACAUACAAAUGGAUUAUGUAAAAUAGAUAAAAAAGAUUUUAAUAACAAAUUUAAAAUGAAAUUCCUAAUAGAUUCUUGUAAGAUUAUUUUACAUUAGAAUUAGUUGUAGUUUAAAAAAAAAUAAAAAAACUCAAGUAAAUCCAAGGUUAGAUUAAGAAGAAAAUUAAAGUAACAAAUAGUAAAAUAUUGAAAUAAAAUAAAAUGAGGAAUAAUGCCAAAUAAAAUAAUAAAAUGUCGAAAUAGAAGCAGAUUUUGAUUCUAUCCAUCAUAAGAACUCAAAAAGAAAAUUUAGUUCUCAUACAAUAAAUCCUUAAAUUAAUAGUUAAUUAUAGGAUUGA